UGUCCAAUUUCAAAUAUUUCAGUUCUUUGACCAUAUUCAUUUUGUGUCACAAACCUAUACUCAAAUAUACGAUAACAAUCCAAAUUCAGAGCUGUUAUAAGCUUAUAAAUUUAGUGUCCAUACUUGCUCAACUGCUCAGGGUUCGACCUCUGCAGGAAAAUACGGUUUGCUGUGACUCUGACAUCUUCCUGCUUAAUGAGGCAUUGAUGCGCGUGAAUUAUAAUUUACAUUUAGAAUUUGAUGUGAUUGUUGACCUAUGUUUAACCUUAAUCUCUUUUCUGUAGACUCCAUGACUUUGUGUAUGUGAUUUAUUGCUUAUUUUAAUGUAAUUAUAUAAACCACAUACAUAUACAACACAUACAUAUACAAUAUAUGUAUGUUGUCGGAAAAUAUAAAAUUUAUUUGUACAUGUUGUAUGAGCUUUAGAAAAGAAGCACCGUUUUCACUGUAGAUAAUUCGCACUUACCCGCACAUUUGUUGUUCUCACAUAGAACAUGUGCAUAAAACAGUAGGAUACUACUCCCAUGGGAGGCCUGUACUAUAAAGGAAGAAGAAGAGAAACAGGACGAAAAGCGAGGCUCUGUUGCUUCAUAGCGAGAACAAAUAAUUAGACACUAUACGUAUAUUGUCUUUAUACUGAAAUCGAUAAAAAACAUAAAAAAAAAAUAAAAAACGUAACAAAUUUAUUGUUAAAAAAAAGUGUUUGGAAUUUCCCUCUUGGGGUACCAUUGUCUGGGUAUUUCCCUAUAAGCGUAGUAACUCAUAAAGUCCAGGCGAUAAGACAUUGACUUUUUUAGGAAUUAGAAAGAGAAAAUAAACUAAUUUAAUAAUAUUUAAUAAACAUGGUAUGUAAAUUACGAAUUUCAAGACAUAACAAGUUUAAAUUUACAAAAGUUUGACAAUUGUUACUAUCCUACCGUAGUCUAUAAUCGGUCAUAAUGUUGGUUCGUUCGGAUUUUGUUAUUGUACUUAUCACACGGGAAAACUCCGCAUUGACGUCACUACGCCAAUACCAGCGUACAAAAUUAGUGCAGAAUACAUUUUUUCUACACUUCUAAAUAAACAAACAUUUCUAAAGAUAUGUUUUCAUUGUUAUUCUAAAGCAUUGUACAAAAAUGCCAAUUUUCUAAUGGCCGUUUCAAACCUGACUUCCGAAUGCCUAAAAACAUUCCAGAACUUCAGAAAUCCCCUCUUCCGGCCUCCAUUGCUUUGUUUACAUUCCAUUUAGCGUCAUCAAUCUUAAUGGCAGACCAAACAGGCCAAGCAAAUCGUAUUUUUAAGAAUUUCAAAAUGGCAAGCACCUUACGUCUUACGCGAUUUUCCCGCGAAAAAAACCCAUCCAAAUUGAAAGAAAAACUUUGGGAAACAAACGAUAAUCAUGCCAUAUUUUUGUUCAGGAAUAUAGAGUAGGUUAAUAAAAAACAACAUACAUAUAUUUUUCAUAAAAAAAAAAAUUGGUUCAAUAUAAAGAGAUCGAUAUUCUGACCAUAAGUAAAUAUUCAUAUAAAAUUCCAUUGAUAUCGAAUUUCAUGGCUAAUAAUGAGGUUUCCUAUUGAAUAAACCCCCAAUUUAUUGCAAACUAUUUCAAAGCAAUAUCAUACAAACAAAUAAUAUAAUUGCCUUGUACUAAAAAAUCACCUAAUUGACAGUAGAGCAAUUUGAUUGGAUAUAACGAUUCAAUGUGUCACGUGGUUUUGAAGCCAUUAGAAUUUGAAUGUAAUCAAACCGGGUCAUCUGCUGCAGUAUGAAACAACAUCGUACAUUCAGUGACUGAGAAACAAUUAUGAGUAACCAAGCUUGACAAUACACAGUAAUAAAAAAACAAAGCUAAGUCUACAGAAAAAUUAAAUAAAAAAUGGCCUUAAGUGCACGACUUACCACCAUUGCGGGAUACACGUUGUCAUGGUUGUGACGUGACAUUGUUGAUGAAAUACAGUAGUUCCGGUAAGUAGGCGUGGCUAAUAGGUUAGUUGAGGUCAUUGACGUAUAAAUAUUAUAUUUUCCGACAAUGUACAUAUAUUGUGUUUAUCCUGAAAUUACUUGAAAAUUUACUUAUUAGAAUCUGAAUCAUUGUCUCUAAUUUCUCAAAGAAAUCGACCACUGGACGUUUAGCAACCAACGAUCAAUCAAAGAAAUCGACAUAGUUGAAACGCAGACCGCGUAGAGUACCCCAAAAUAAACUGGUUAGGAGACACAAAUAUUCAUAUUACCGCUUGCUCAACAUGGACGUGGGGUAACAGGAGACUUUAUUUUAACAAGAACGAAUAAAGGAAAAAUUUAUUUGUAUACCUAUUAUUUGUACAAUAGUUGGCUAAUUGCAGGAUAAAUCGAUAUAUAUAUAUACAGCUAUGUUAAAUGUGUUUUUUUUUAUUCAUCGAGAAUGUAAGAAGUGGACGAGAAGGAAAAGAUACAAAUAAAAUGUCUAACAACGAAAAUACACCUGAUUCCAUGAUCAUCUCCCUUGUUAAGACAACGGACAAGUCAAAGGAACACUUCAUCUCAAAUGCAGGCAAAAAUGACUAUGAAUGUAAAGUGUGUGGUAAACGUUGCAGUAACGGCACAAAUCUGAAGUCGCAUAUGAGAUCACACAUUGAUAAAAAGACUUUCAACAUAUUUAAAUGUGAUAUAUGUAAUAAGGGGCUGAGUACAAAUCAUGGUUUAAAAAUACACAUGAGAACACACACUGGUUAUACACCUUAUAAAUGUAAAGUUUGUGGUAAAGAGUGUAGUCAAAAUUUUAACUUAUUGCAACACAUGAAAUUGCAUACAGGUGAUAAACCAUAUCAAUGUGAUGUAUGUGGUAAAGAUUUUAGGCAGAAUCGUAAUUUACAAGCUCACAUGAGAACUCACACUGGAGAUAAACCUUAUAAAUGUGAUGUAUGUGAAAAAGUUUUUAUGCUUAUAAAUAAUUUACAGAGACACAUGAGAACACACACUGGUGAUAAACCUUAUGAGUGUGAUAUGUGUGGCAAAAAAUUUAGUCGGAUAGAUACCUUACAGGCACACAUAAAAAUACACACUGGAGAUACACCUUAUAAAUGUGAUGUAUGUGGAAGAGAAUUUAGUUUUGGACAGAGCAUGAGGGCCCAUAUGAGAACACACACCGGUGAUAAACCUUUUAAAUGUGAUGUAUGUGUUAAGGCGUUUAGGCAGAAUGGUACCUUACAGACCCAUAUGAGAACACAUACUGGAGAAAAACCUUAUAAAUGUGAUGUAUGUGCAAAAUUUUUUAUGCAUAUUUAUGGUAUACAGAAACACAUGACAAUACAUACUGGAGAUAAACAUACUGAAGAUAAUCCUUAUAAAUGUAGUUUAUGUGGAAGAGAAUUCAGUUCUGAACAGAACUUGAGGACCCAUAUGAGAACACACACUGGUGAUAAACCUUAUAAAUGUGAUGUAUGUGGUAAAGCAUUUAGUCAUAGUGGUAACUUACAGAGACACAUUACCGUACAUACUGGUGACAAAAAGUAUAAAUGUGACGAAUGCAGUAAAAGUUACCCUAAUAGUUAUAGCUUACGGAUACACAUGAGAAUACACAACGGUGAUAAACCUUAUAAAUGUGAUGUAUGUGGUAAAGGAUUUAGUCUUGGACACACCAUGAGGACCCAUAUGAGAAUACACACCGGUGAUAAACCUUUUAAAUGUGAUGUAUGUGGAAGAGGAUUUAGUCAGUUUAUGAAUUCACAGACACACAUAUGUAUUCAACCGCAUUAGGACAUGUUGAAUAUGAUGCAUGAAAAAAUGCUGAGAAAGAACUUAUGCCACAUUAAAGGAUAGAAGAUCAUGCUUCUGUGUAUUAAACGUGUACACUGAUAUCUAAAUUCACAUUUUUGUCGAAUCUGCAACUUCUGUCGCAGAAAGCUCGACAAAGGGAUAGUGAUCUGGCAUAGACGGCCACUGCGGCGUUAACAAACUUAUUAAAACAUAAUAAUUCAGAAGGUAGAAGACUUGGAUCCUUCAUACUUUGUAUAUAGAUGCCUAAUAUUAUGAAGUUUCCGUCAGAGCUGUUUUAAGCUUAAAUGUUGUGUAUAUACUUGCUCAACUGGCCAUUGUUCGACCCCUACAGGAAAAUCCGAUUUUCUGUAUCUUUUACAGCAUCUUGUCUAUUUUUGGUCGAUUGUUCUCUUUAUUUAUGAUAAUUAUGUUUUGUCUAUUUUGCUGUGUGUUUUUGGUCCAUUUCCUCUUUUCUAUAAACCCUGAUAACAUUAACAAUAUAUGUCUGAAUGACAUUAAGUUUCAUAUCGUUACAAGGAGUAAUUAUUCCUCUUCUAAGUACUUAAAUUAACUGUAUAACUUACAGGUGUCACACCAAAACACUUUAUGUAUUAAAUUAAUAUUUUAACAGUAUCAAGUUUACUGCACCAGAUACACAUUUCUGGCAUGGUUCAUCUGAACUUGAUCUCAAUUUCAUGAUUCAUUAGUCAAUGUUUAGUGUUCCUGGUUAAGUCUGUUUCCUAGAAACUAUAAUCAAUAGGUCAACUAUGUUUGGUGUAUUAAACGGUUGUAUUGAUGACAUGUGUUUCCCGUUUGGUUUAUCUGACCUUGACUCAUUUCCUGGAUCAUUUUAAGUUUAUGUGAUGCAUGUAUUAGAGCUUUGUAUUUAGGAUUAUCAAAAUAAAAUCAAUGGUCAAUAAAGAAGGUGAGACAUUUCAGCG